AUGCGAUUACCAGCAGCUGCAGAGCGAAAAAGCUCGGCCGACGAGGUUUACAACAGCGACAUUUGCUGGGAAACAAUAAUCGGACAGGAAAUUGUUAAACUCGUUACUAUGGACUUGAUUGUGACAAUUGUCUCGAUUUUGGUCAUAGAUUUCCUUCGUGGUCUUUGGAUCAAGUACUGCUCGGCCUGGUGGUGUUGGGAUAUUGAAACAACAUUUCCAGAAUACGGUGAGUUCAAAGUGGCCGAGAACGUGCUGCACAUCAUCAACAAUCAGGGAAUGAUCUGGUUGGAUUGUUCUUCACGCCGUUGCUACCGGCUCUAA